UAUACACACACAGCAGAGGGAUUAGAAAGGCACAGAGACCCAUAUGCUGCCCAAGGAUGGAGGCGAGAAAGCUAAAUGCGAGGAAAACACAAGGUAAUGAUGACCAAGGGACAGAUGUUGAAGACGAUGUCCCAGGAAAGCCACACGGGAGCGUCUCCAGUCGUCCUCUGUCCUCUCUGCUUCGUCUCUAUGUGUACGCGUUGCACGGCUGCCUCUGUGAGGUGGCCUUCACUGCUGUGUUGGACUGGUGCAGCACCCAAGACAGGAGGCUGGCGGGACACAGCAGCCUGUGGGCGCUGCCUAUGUACGCCAUCGCAAUCUACCUCAUGGAGUGCCUGAGAGGCCGGCUGCUGGCUCAGCAUCUCCCACUACCUGUGCGUCUGACAGCCUACACUGCGUUCAUUUACCUCUGGGAGUUCAGCUGGGGGGCAGGGCUGAGGCUGCUGGGGGCCUGUCCCUGGGACUACUCAGGUUAUAGGUACAACCUCGGAGGGCUGGUGACACUAGAGUAUGCACUACCCUGGACUGUGGCUGCCUUUGUAGCAGAGCAGCAUGUGAUCAGGAACACUCUGAGGAUAAGACUGCACAACUGAACUAAUAUCACUGUGAUCUGGAUUACGUGCUUCCAACAACAGCCACAAAGUAUUUUAUGAAAAUUGUUUUUAGGAUCAAUACCCCACAGUUGUGAGUUUUUGACAUUUUGAUAUUAAAAAAAAAUUGGUGAUCAUACUGAACCUCUGU